AUGCACCCGGAAUUGGGCGCCGUGUUGGAUGCUCGUCCCCCUGCCAAAGGCUGGUUGCGUCGACUAGGUCGACUGAUAGCUGCCUGGGGCCACGAUCCCCCCACAGACAGCGGAACCCUGGAGAGACAAAUUGAGUCCUACCGACGCGGCUACCCUCGUUUUUCAGCAGUCAUCGCAGCGGAUGACUCUUUCUGUCUCUGCCGACGAUUCUCUAAUCUCCGCAGUCGGCUCCUCUUGCUCAAGCAAGACAAACUCUCGGUGCUAGAGAAGAAAAUCAAUGAGGUCGACGAGUGGGAGCCCAGAGCCCUCUUCCUUGGCAAGAGUCGGUGUGAUGUGAAUCAAGAACGACUCUCCUUACUCGCCGAAGCCGACGAGAGGCUGGCAGACUAUGACUUGUUCGUGGAGCGUACCUCUCGCAUGCUCAGCUCCAGACUUGCCGGCUCACGUGCGAGGGUUAGCCUUCAGAACUGGGUCAGUAGCAACGGAUGCAUAGCAAGAGAGGAGACAGAGUACUUGCAAUACGCGCGAGAUUUGAUCUCGUUGGCUCCUGCGAAAGAUGGAGCAAUGGCGAGUUUAGAAUCGCGGGUUGAAGAUAUCUUCAUACGCUUUUUCAAAGGCUUCCUCCAGGUUAUCGCCCUUCGUCGGUUACGCGGCUUGGCCGCGUUGCCACAAAAGCCAUGCAAGCUUCGAGCUAUAAGGAUAUUUGAAAGCCAGUUCGAACAGACUCGAGAUGAAAAUGCCCUCACACGAGCCAUCGAAAUAGCGCAGAUGGCCGUAAGCGCAAGCCCUCCCAACAGCCCAGCACGGCCAGUACUGCUGAAUACCCUGUCAAACAAACUUCUUCGUCAGUACAAAAUCAGUGGUGGGAUAGAGCACAUACGAGGGUCGGUGGCAACGGCAGAGGAGGCACUGGAUAGUUUGCCGCCAUCGACCUGCAUUCCUCACAACUGUGCAUCCAAGUUAGAUCUCGCAUUUGAUCGCAAUCUAGACUCACAAUACUUACUUCGCGCUGUUAUCAUGGCGCAAGAGGCUGUGGACUCCACCAAUGCGCACGAUGAAGUCAAACGAGCCGGCAGACUCGACAAUCUCGGAAUUUUGUUGCGUCGACAAUACGAGCAAUCUAAGGACGCUGGUGUCUUAGAUGGAGCUAUCAAAGCCUCUCGUGAAUCUGUAAGUCUAACACCACCUGGUUAUAUUGAGUUGGGAAGCAGACGCAGCACACUUAGCAGUUUGCUCUCUAUGCAAUUCGAGCACACGAAGAACCCAUCAUACCUCGACGAAGCUAUCCAGGAGGGGGAGACCGCUAUGGGUUUAACUCCACAAGGCCAUUCAGAACGGCUGGACAUGCUCAACAACCUGAGAAACAAAUACCAGCUCCGGCAUAUCAAGACAGGGGACCAAAAUGAUGUUGACUCUGCCAUACGGUUGGCUGGAGAAGCUAUCAGGUUGAUGGAAGAAGACGCUGCACAACGAAGUCCAGACUUGGUUAACCUGACCGAAUUGUUCAGACGUCGAUACAACCUUUUCAAGGAGACUCAAGAUCUGGAUGAGGCCAUCCGAAUAAUAGGACAGAUAACUGAAUCCAUGUCCGAAAGAGACUCAGACUAA